AUGUACUCAACGUUAACGGGUCGUUCCGGUCGGGUGUAUGUGCGAGGGAGGGUCCUCCAGACUCAUCCUACCAAGCCAGAACUCAAUGUCCAUUUCGCGACAUCGAUAUUCGAACUCUCUCAAGAGCUUAAGCACGAGUUUGGAAACAGUUCUUACCUUCGGUUGCAUCUUGAUGACAACGAGGAGGAAUGUGUUCUUGUUUACGACUACUACCAAGACAAUUUACUUUCCUUGGUGAGGAACAACCCGGACCUUCCGAUCAAAGCAAGAAAAUUCAUCCUACGAGAACUCGGACUGGGACUUAGAGAUCUUCACUCCAAACAGUGGAUACAUCUAGAUACAAAGCCUAACAACGCGAUGAUUGACUGGAACCUGGAUGAGAAGGGACGAUUCAGAAUAGAACGAGUGGCUUGGGGCGACUUGGACUGCGCUCUAAAGCUGAAGGGCGAACGGCUUCUGAACCACAGAAUUGGAAACGUCAUGUGGCGUAGCCCAGAAGGGCAAAAUCUUUUCCUUUGGUCUCAUUGGGUGGAAACGCUACACCCUGACUUCGAGCAACUGAAGAAAGACGGGACGGAGCCAGAGCAAGUGAUUUUAUAUAAGUUGCUCUCGAUGUUCGGGCCAGCCUCGCCUGAGCUUAUUGCACACGUCGACGAUCAGUAUGGGGGUGAAUUGUUAGCAGCGUUGUCGAGGGUGGUAGAGGAGGAAGACCCUGGCCUUACGCUUUGAGCAGUGGGAUGAGAGGGUUUUCCCGAAUCUCGAUUCUGAGGCUAAGAGGG